CUGCCAUCUCUUUGUAAACUAAAGAAAAUAGCAAGUUGAGAUUGAUAUCCCAGACAAUAGUAUAUUUGCUAGCGACAAAAGAGUCCCUGGUUACAGACGUUGAGCAAACCCAGAUAAUGUAGUGCAGCCUCUACGAUAUCAUCGUGAAGUUACCGCAAGGCUGGGUAGUGCACGCCACCAACUUCCCCUCACAUACCUCUUUAUUAUUCCGAGCCGACCUUCUGAAUUUAUUUCAUUGGCAUUUCUUAUAGUUAACCAAGGACCGGAGUCUUCUCGCAAAUGCUCAAGAGCAUCCCUCAAGAUGUCUGAGAGCGAUAUUUACGACCACGACGGCGACCUUGGGAGCGACGAAAUCGAUGACGACGCUCUAAUCCCAGCGGAUGGCUAUUUCGGCGCCGCAGAUGGUUCUGCAACGGAACCUUCGCAAGAGGUGUUGGAGUCUUCACCGGUAGAGAAUAGCCACAGAAAUCUGGACGACAUGCCGCGUGUACCAAACGUUAUGGUCGAAGAUCCUACGCCAAGUGCGGGCAACAGCAAACGCGAAGAAGCCCAGCUAGAAGCCGCAGCCGCAAAUUCAUCCGAAGAGCGACCAGACGAACAACAAGCCAGUCUGAGUGGCCAAGCCAAUUGGAGUCCUGAAGAAAUCAAUGAACCACCACUAGAAUCGCCCUCUGCACCUGCAACCCGUGGCGAUACAUACCAGCAUCACCCUGCUGGCCAACAUCGCCGGCCACAGGUCUCGCCAUUGUCAACCAAUAACCUGCAGCAUAAUUACGAAGCGCCACCUGCAUAUUAUCCUUCAGAAUCGCCGAUUCUCACCCGCAUGGAAUCGGCAGACGCCCUGAGCCCUUCUCCGACAAGCCACUCUUACGGGACCAUGGACCGCAGAAUAUCUGUUGAGGCGUCGACUUUAGCUUCUGGCGGGCAUACUCGCGUCUCUCUGGAAGAACAACGUCCGCUACUCGCGCAUGAUGAAGAAGCUGUUAGACCUGAAAGCUCGACGGGCGUGGGUUCAAUAAACGAAGACCAGCGUGGACUGGCCAACAAAUCAAGAUUUUCUCGCAGGUGGAUCCAAAUUGCGAUCUCAAUGCUGUUCAUUAUUUUUAUGAUAAUUCUGGUGGUUUUAUUUGCCAUUAUAUCUAUUCCUACAGUUCGAGAACCGAGCGACACAGACGUCACACCCAUUAGACCACCCGACACUACAUUACCGCCCCUAAAAUGGGAGAAUAUGCCUGGCUGUUCCAACAAAAGACUAAAUACUCAAGAUUCAUCACAUUUUGUUCAAAUGGAUCCUGAGAAGUCGUUGAAGGUGCUACAGACUCUGUCUCUCAACGACGAUCUAGGCUCUGGUAGAAAACUAGAAAAUAAAAUAAGCGGCGAAAUCAUCAUCCAAUCAGCUCCGAAUAUAGCGAAAGGGCUUGUCAGUGUCAGAAUUGAGACAAUCGUUAAUGAUGACAGAUUACUUAUCGAAACCGCUACGCAUCUUGUUGGUUCGAAAAGAACUGUACGAGUAACAUCGCCGGGAAUCAUCGCAAACUGGAAGGAUCAGGAGGGAGACCCAUGCACAUUGCUUCGCCUUGUUAUAAAUGUGCCACCAAAUUCAGCAUUUUACAAUCUGGAGAUAGGGGCCUCAAGUCUCAAUCUGAUUGUGCGAAAUGGUGUUUCGUUUUCGGCUCAACUCGUUAAACUUGCGACCGUUGCAGACAGCAUCAUAACGCCGACCCUUUCAGAUCACGAGAAGACUGGAAAAGUUGAACCUUACAGAAUACAUGCAAAGCAUAUCGACCUCAACCUGAUGAAUGGAUCUCGGAUACAAGGCUGGUAUCCGUUGUAUAAUGGCCUCGAAGUACGGACCGGGUUAGGUGACAUUGACCUACAAGUCACUCCAAAACAGACAGCAAAAGGGUCAAUCGAUACAGCUUCUCUAUUAGCCGCCGCCGUUGCUGGAAAUGUUCGCGUUACUGAAUUUUCGCAUUCGGGAAAUACAACGGAGGUUGACAAAGAAGCCCUUCCAGUGAGGAAUUAUGAGAGCCAAUUGCAGUCUUUUUUGGGCAGCGUAGCCGCGAAAAUUAUGAUGGCAACAUCGGUGAUUGCAUCUGCACAGCUCGGUAUUGAUCUGGACAUAAUACCUGUAUUAACUCGUGAAUCAGGCACGACGAGCCAUGUCGCAAGCAUCACGACGGACAAUAGAGUCGGGGUUACCAAGGUCCAUAUUCGUGAACCAGUGUUUGCUAAAGAUAGCUUUACUUUACAAAAUACUGAACAAGCACAUGAUUCUGACGAAGGGGAGAUUGAGCGCGUCGGAGCUAGCAAUUUGGAGCGACUCACCUUGCAAACUAGCCACAAUUCGUAUAAAGGCGCGUUGGAUCUGCUCUACCCCCGGGCUUGGGCCGGUGAGAUCAAAUGGCAUGGCUUGAAAGGAGGUGUUUGGCUGGGCUAUGGCUCGCAGGUUACUCGACAAGGUGGCGACGAUUUAAAGUAUCUUGAUGCCGUGCGAGGCGACGGCUCGUCGCAAAUGGUCGUGGAAAAUGAAUGGGGGGAUUCACAUAUCGACUGGCGUAGGUGA